AUGAUAAAUACAGAUGAUGUGAUAAACACCCGUGUAUAUUACACGCACAUCCAUGGUUGUGUGAGAUGGUAUUUCUCUCCGCUUCGGAGCAUCACCAUUUUGUUUGUCCGUUGCUUCCACGUGAUUAACAGAUCACAUGCAGGACAGCCAUCGUAUGGUCGACAAGCGUACACAGUUCAGAACGGUUUAUCAGGAAGCUGCACAACUUCUUUCCCACCUACAAUACCAUCACUCACAAAUAUUAGGACGUAUUAUCUGAUCAGGAUCAAUACGCUUAUUAACAGGUUUUGCAGGCUACGAAGUGCUUAUUCCAUACCAAAAACACCGUAUUGCCCUAACAGGCACGAUCACAUCACCCGUUACUUAAGUGCACAGAAAAAGGUGCUUAUUACUCCAUGUCGUAGUAUCGAAGCGUUCAUUCAGUUGAAUUCAUUUAAUUUAGCAGCAAUGAGCGAUGAAACGUUCUUUACCACCUCUUGA